AUGGCUGGCGUCGCUGACAAGGCGAGAUUCUUUCUCGAAAAGUCUGUGCCACAAUUGAGAGAAUGGGAGCGCAAGGACAUCUUCAAUCAGGAUGAAAUUCGCAACAUCGUCUCGAAGCGGAACGACUUUGAGCAUCGUGUCCUAUCCCCGGGCAAUGUACCCGCCGACUGGUCAGCCUAUGCAAAAUGGGAGCAGUCCCUUGAAACACUGCGGGUGAAGCGAUGCCAACGCCUCAAGAUCCGACACUUGGCCUCAGGCCACGCCGGUCAAGGCCGUGUCCUGUCCAUCUACGACCGAGGCACAAAACGACAUGCCAGCAGCGCUUGGCUUUGGAAGGAGUAUUUACAAUAUACCGCAAAGGUGAAAGCGUCCAAGCGGUUCCGCAGGGUCAUGACUGAGGCGUUGCGAAUGAUGCCGAACGAGGUCGAGCUCUGGACGAUGGCUGGCAGGAGAUCAGCGCACAAUGGUGACAUGGCUUCUGCCAGGAGCUUCUUCAUGCGCGGAUGCCGAUUUUGCACACGGGACGCGACCUUGUGGCUGGAGUACGCACGUUGCGAAAUGGACUGGUUGGCCAAGGUGGACAGGCGCAAAGCAGACAAGCCCCAGAAUGACCCUCUGAAGCCCGAUCAGUCGAACGGUGCCGAUGAUGAACUGCGCAUCGAAGACAGCGACGAAGAAAGCGACUUGGAUGAGGAAGGCAGACUGCUUCCUCAACCCUCCAAGGAGCAGGCUAAGGUCAUCGACAAGCCAGCGGCCAAACAGUUGCAGAACAAUCCAGCGAUGGACGGUGAGAUACCCAUGGCCAUAUUCGACAUUUCGAAAAAGCAGUCUUUCUUUGGCCCCGAGGCCGCGGCACAGUUCUUCCUCAUUGUCGCAUCAUAUCGCAGCGUCUCGGCGCAGCCCAAGGUCUCUCAGCACAUCCUCAGCCAUAUGGACAACCACUAUGCGUCGCACCCCGCCACCGCUGAUUGUCACGUACGCCAACCAAUCCUUGGGCUGAGGGCCAACACGGUGGAAUUCGUGCAGAACCUCAGAGAGGUGCUGGCGCGGUUGGACAAGUAUCUGGCGAUAGUAGAUGACAAGGCAGGGCUGGCGAGCAAGACGGUGGCCUGGAUCGAUGACUUCCUAGCGGACGCCGAAUUAGACGAGGCUUUGCGUCAGGUGUUGGAGCACACGCAGCAGAAGAUGCAAGCUCUCUAG